UGAUCGCCUUUAUAAAUCCUCUUAGCGCCUAGUAUAAAAAUUCAAUGAAUAUAGACUGAUCCUACCACAAGGAAGCGAAACGGAAGAAAGGAGAGAGAUGCCGAACGGUGCAUGGGAAUUUCCUUUAUCCUCAGGAACACUAGAACUUCACAACUUCUGAGCACGGAUGUAGUCAGUGGUACCCUGAAAAAAAAAUCCACCGCUCGUGAGAGAAGAAAAUGCGUGUUUUGUGAGUUUUUCUCUCUUAGAAAGUUCUAUACUAGUGACAGAAGCUUGUUGGAAGGAAAUAACGAGAUAUUGAAGUUCGUGUUGCAAAACAGUCAUCUUGAAAGACUUCCUUUUUUGACAAAUUUCGCGACAACUGGGUGCAUUCCCCGUCCUCAAAGAUAUUGAAGAGAGAGAGAGAGAGAAAAAAAAUCUUGAGGUAUCUUGUCAAUCAUCUCGAAUAUGAACGCUCUGGUACUAUACGAGAUAAAAUCGGCACAACAUCAUUGAUAAUGACAAGAACAAUCGGAAACAUUGUAAGCUGUUUUUUAAUUCUAUAAGACCCAGACGAAGUAUACCGGGGCAAAGCCCACCCCAGGGGAAAUGGACGCCGUGUCCAAUUUACUUCGGAAUUUCUAUCUCGUUGUUUUCUUCUUGUUUGGUGUAUUUAGGAGUACCUCUCUAGAAUAUGUGACAAAAACAACGAAAUAUGGGAGAGUGAGGGGGUCCGUGGAGAGUGUCCGCCCCGGGAAACAGAUUGAGAGAUUUCUGGGGGUUCCUUAUGCGUCCCCUCCAAUAAAGUCUUUACGGUUUGAGCGUCCUGUACCCCCCGAUCCCUGGAGUGGAGUAUUGGACACCCUGGAUAUUCCACCAGCUUGUCCCCAGCCCGGAGAGGGCGUGGCUUAUAUUGAGUUUCAUGUGCCAGGGUUCAAUUACACGAGCGAAGACUGCCUAUAUCUAAAUAUAUAUACACCAAAAAGUACCAACGGUGGUAAGAAGUAUCCCGUUCUGUUUUUUGUCCAUGGUGGAUCAUACUUUAACGGGAUGGGAGCCAUGUUUGAAGGGAGCAUGCUGUCGGCUUCCGGAAUCGUGGUUGUAACCAUAAACUACAGACUAGGACCACUCGGUUUUUUGGUGUCCGGUGACCCGGAACUCUCAGGGAAUUAUGGGAUGAUGGAUAUGGUUGCUGCUCUGUGGUGGGUGCGCCGGAAUAUCGAGUUCUUUAACGGGGACCCAAACCAAGUAACACUGAUGGGUCACAGCGCAGGAGGCUGUAGUGUCGGCUUUCUUGUUAUGUCACCUUUGACAAAAGGGUUGUUCCGGAGAGUCAUAAUCCAGAGCGGGUCCCCCCUUGCACAAUGGAGUUACUCGGAUAAAGUCACUUCUCCGGAUAUCCACUUCAAGAUCUUUGUCUCUUCCAUUGGGUGUCUUCGGAACAGCUCUAGACUCAUCAAAGAAUGUCUGCAGAACAUACCUACAGAAGUCAUGCAUAGACAAAUUGCGUUUAAAUAUGUGACGUCUCCGUCCCUGACGCCGCAGUUCCGCCCGGUGGUGGACGGGUACGUACUUCCGGAUACACCGGAGAGAUUGAUACAGUCCGGGGCAUUCCGAGCGGAGAGCGUGAUGACUGGCGCCACGUCAGACGAGGGGCUUAUUGCAGCAAAACCACUGGUGGAAUUAUUUGGUGGAGAGGAAAAAGGCAUCAAACAGUUAAUAACACUGAUGUAUUGUUUCCGCGGAGAUUUGCCAAACCUGGCCAAUAUCGUGGACAUGGUGAUCGAUACCUAUGCAUCACUGCCACUUGAGGAAAAAGAGCAUUUGGUGGAGGAAAUCUUCUCUGACAUUGUCGGUGACUACUACAUCACAGCGCCCACACAUAAACUGGCCCAGAUGAUGUCAUCACGCAGUGUUCCAGUCUACCUCUAUAACUAUGAGUACCAGUCCAAAUACGCCCAGUGGGAAGGAGUCACCCACGGAUCUGAAAUCUUCUACCUCUCAGGAUUCCCCAUGUCCGGUCACUCAAAUUUUAGAUACGAUGAUACCGACAAGAAAAUGGCCACAUUGCUCAUUCAUAUGUGGGCAAACUUUGUGUAUAAUGGACUUCCAUCAUUGGUUCCUCACAGACAAUUCCAUAUGGAUCGAUACAGUGUUAACAAUCCCGUAUACACUAAAAUCUAUCAGGGAAUAAACCGACCCUUUGUUGAACUGUCCACAAAUUACAAAACUCGAAAACUGGACUUCUGGAACUACAAAAUCCCAAUGUAUUCUGGGAAAUUAGAUUCUGAUGACGUCAUACAAAGUCCAGUGCAAAGGACACACACGGUGACCGGCCCCGAUCAUUGGGCAUUAAUCGCCACUUCUAUUGGACUUGCGGGCCUCGCAAUGUUUUUAGCGGUUGGAUAUUGUAAAACUAAAAUUCAACUACAAAAUCUUCACCGCCAACAUGGCGUUUGCAUAGCCGGGGAAAUCUCCAGUAAAGACAUUAAGAAGUCCAAGUAUUUCAAAACUAACGUUUGAGUGACGUCAACUCCAUAAUGUUUUGAAACAACACACAUGAAAAUGUUUCUGAUCUUUAUUAUAUUGAUACACACGAAUUUAACAUCUAUUUUCUGCAUUCGCUUUUUAAUAAAAGACAAAAUCCAAAA